UACUAUUUUGAUUGGACUGAACCAAAAACCCCCCCCCCCCCCCCACUUGUCUACUGCCCAUCUCAGAGGCAACAGCUCCAGCCUCCAUUCAACUGCCAGUUUUAGUUACUAUAUUGCCAAAAGUAUUGGGGCAGCCCUCCAAAUCAUAGGAUUCAGGUGUUCCAAUCACCUCCAUGGUCGCAGGGGUAUAAAAUCAAGUACCUAGGCAUGCAGACUGCUUCUACAAACAUUUGUGAAAGAAUGGGUCGCUCUCAGGAGCUCAGUGAAUUCAAGCGUGGUACCGUGAUAGGUUGCCACCUGUGCAAUAAGUCCAUCCGUGACAUUUCCUGGCUAAUAAAUAUUCCACGGUCAACUGUUGGUGGUAUU